AUGAGUGAUAACCUGUUUGAUGAUAACGAUGAUGCCUGGUCGUAUUCAUUUCCACCUUCGACGGAAUCAUUGACUUUGAGCAAAAAAAAUGAUGACAAUUCAAAAUUAGAUAAAGAAUUGAAAUCAGCCACCCAACGUGGAGAUAAAGACAAGGAUGUGUUUAUUGAUAGCGAUGACUCUAGAAAUCACACAAUUGCACAGAAUAGAUCGAAUAUCAAUGCAUUGCUGAAUAAAUCCGCAAGCAAGAAAGGCCGAUUAUCACGGACUUCUUCUACAUCUUCAGUUGGACGUUCAGAAGAGCCGAAAGAAGAUAAAAAAGAUCAUGUACAGACAAACGGAAAUGGAUCGCAUGCGUCCUCUUUGACAUCGCUUUCGUUGCAAUCUCCAUAUUUCGUGAAAUCUACACCGGCUAAUCCACACACUACAAAGGAGGAUGCUAACUCUAUUAUCUCGAGGGAAGGGGCUCAGGCAUCAGGCUUUUCUCUUGAUUCCAAUUUCAAUAGCCAAAGCACACCAAUCACUUCGUCUGCACGAUCUAAUCUUUCAAAUAAUGUUGCCCAUGACAUGGGUGAACUACCAAGUUCCUAUGGUUCGCGGGACGAAAACUCAGAUAUUGAUAAAAGUAAAUCGGCCAAAUUUGAUAAUGAAGGAUCGUUAGACUCAUCUUCACCAAAGAUAAUUGCUUAUCGUAAGUCGAAAAGAACAAUUAGCGAAGGAAAUUUCCAGAAUAUAUUAGAUCAAUCUGUAAAAGCUACUCCAAAGGAAAAGUAUGAUCCAAAGUUGUAUGUUGAGGAGAAAUUCCUGGACACGGACUAUAGAUUUGCUACCACUAGAAGAACUGCAGAAUUUCAUCAGCUAUUUAGAUCACUUGAUUUAACCGAUAGACUUCUUGACGAUUUUUCGUGUGCAUUGAGUAGAGAAAUAUUGCUUCAAGGCAGAAUAUAUAUUAGUGAAAACAAUGUUUGCUUCAGCUCAAAUUUAUUGGGAUGGGUUACAAGUUUGAUUAUUCCUCAAGAGGAAAUUAUCAGAAUCGAAAAGAAAACUACCGCAGGGUUAUUUCCUAACGGUAUAUCGAUCGAAACAGCAAGUGGAAAACAUAACUUUGCCAGCUUUAUUUCCAGAGAUGCAACUUUUGAUUUCAUGAAGGCUGUAUGGCAAGGCACUACAGGUAGAAAAAUGGAAAUUAUUGAAGAAAAACCCAUGGAAAAACCUGGUUACUCAUUAGAUAGCGAUGGAAUUGUGUCAGUAGAAAAUGAAUGUCUCGACUCUCCAGCAAAAUUAGAGUCAUAUAUUUUGUCUAUUGAUGGGGAUGAAGAAAGGCAUGGUGACAACGAAUACGCAUCAGAUCACAGCGAUUCAGAAGAUACCUCCGAUGAUGCUGUGCUGCUCAAAAAAACCAAUUCUAAUAAAUCGAAUAAAAGAAAAAAGAUAGAUACAGUUGAUUUGAAGGUUUUAAAAUUCAAACCCGAUUCAAAGUAUAUCAAUAUGGGGCCGGAAUUUCAUCCGCCAACCAAAGUGAAGGAUUAUGCAAAGGAAAAUAAUGAAACAGAAUUAUGCAAUGAAGUAAUUAAUGCGCCAUUAGGUAUAGUUUUUGAUUUAUUAUUUGGCAGUUCGAAUACGACAUUUCAUAGGAGCUUUUUAGAAAGCCACAAUGCAUCAGAAAUUUCAGAUUAUGACAAAUUUCACCCAAAGAAGGAUGAUCCAAGUAAACUUGAACGUAAAAUUAGCUACAGAAGAGCGUUGGGAUAUUCCAUUGGCCCCAAAUCUACAAGGUGUGAAGUCAAAGAAACGAUAGAGAAUUUGAAUUUUGCGGAGAACGUUGUUUUGAUUUCUAGUACUGUUACGCCUGAUGUUCCCCUGGGUAAUUCAUUUUCAGUUAAAACCAGAUACUGCUUGUCAUGGGGUGCAAAUAAUUCGACAAUAUUAAAGAUGUCCUAUAAUAUUAAAUGGACAGGGAGCUCGUGGAUUAAAAGUGUUAUUGAGAAGCAAACGUUGGCGGGCCAACAAGAAGCAACUAAAGAUUUAAUUGAAGCUUUAAAGAAAGGAAUUGAUGAAAAUACUUAUUAUGCUGAAGGCCCAUCUGUUCCAAAGAAUGUAGCUGAGUUUGUGGCUGAAAACAAACCUACAUCUGAGAUGGCUGAAGAAGCAAUUACAUUGAAUAGAGAAGAAUCUGAAAAGAAGAUCACAUUGUCUCUUUCAAGCAGAUUUAUAAAAAAUAAUAUCGUACCUAUAGUUUAUUUUUUUUUCUCGUUUCUUGUUAUUUUGCUGAUAUUGCAAAUGAAAAUAAUUAGCGGAGUUAAUGAAGCAAAUGAGAUUGCAAGGAGUCAACUAGUUGUAAAUUCAUAUUUGGUAUUUACCGUACAGGCAUUAGCGAACGAUAAGAGCAUAAGUAAGGCUGGGUAUAGAGAAAGGAUUAAAGCAAUGGAAAACGAUAACAGCCCAUUAUGGAAAUGGGUAAAUGAUAAAUAUGAUACGAAAUUAAAUAACCUUGAAAAGAUUGAAUACUUGACAUAUCAAUUGAAUUCGUUAUAUCAGAAACAGAUCGAUCCCGAGAAUAAUGAAUUUGUUGCUGCUAUUGAAGAAAAUCUACUAGAUCUAAAGAGACUGGUAAAGGAUUUUAAUUAUCAGGAAUUGCUAAAUGCUGACAAUCUAAGAAACAUGUUAGGAGACCUCAUUUAG